ACUUCUGUGAACGCUUUGAGUUAAGCUCGAUCUCGCUUUGCUGGAUUCCAUGGAGGUUACUUUACAACGAUGAGACUGGUUGAUUCGCAAUCAUGACUUUCCAAAGUGUCCUUCAAAUUAACAUCAACGCGAAUUACAUGGCAGCGAAUUCUUCAUCAACCAGCUACGGCUCUUAUUCCGAGAUCUCCAACCGGAGCUUCUCUGCUGAAAAUGAUAACAAGCGGCUUCAGAUACUCGCCAACACGCUGGGUACAUUGCCCCGGGGGCACAGACAGCUUUCAUUGACUAGAUCAAACUCUUUGGCUGACACUUCAGAUUUUCGAAAAAAAAUGGUUGUUUUAAAUAAGCAAGAUAAUGAAACUUUUGGAUUUGAGAUUCAGACUGUUGGAAUGGAUCAGCAAAAUGCUAAUACAUUACAGAGGUGCACAUAUGUCUGCAAGGUGCAUGACAACAGUCCUUCUCAUUUUGCAGGGCUGAAAGCUGGUGAUAUGCUAGUUAACAUCAAUGGAGUGGAUACUGAGGGGUUUAGUCACCAAGAAAUUGUCGAUCUAAUUAAGUCAUCUGGUAAUUUAUUAAGCCUGUUAACUGUUCAUAAGGACUCUAUCAGAAGAGAUCAACUUGAAACAAGAUUGCAUUUUUUAAAGAAAACACUUCAAGAGAAAUGGGUGGAGUACAGAUCAGUUUUGCUACAGGAACAACGCCUAGUUCAUGGACUCUUGAGGAAUGGUAGCACAGCAGAAUCUGCAGACUCCUUUGUAUACAACAAGAAUGCAUUAUUUGGAUCAACCAGACGGAACAAAGAGAGAUUUUCCAGCGACAGCAGCUGCAGAAGUCAACUCAGCCUGAUGACUGUUGACAGUGAGGAUUGUGACUUCCAAUUCAGUGUGUUUGAUGAUUCAGGAAGUCAUUGUAGGCGAAGCAGUAUGGAUGAAGAAUGUAUCUUCCACAGGGAACCUGAAACAUUCACAUCAAAAACCCAUCUGAGUAGGAGCAGGAGCAUUAGCGUGUCUAGUAACGGGAGUGGACACGUGUCACCAUCAUGGGACUCAAACAGUGGCUUUGGGACAGUUUCUCGAAGAAGUAGGAAACCAAGUGUUAGGAAACGCCUUAUGAAGUUCAUUCCAGGCUUAAAUAGAUCAGUUGAAGAGGAUGAGAGUCAUUUUUAGAAUUUUAUUGUAAUUUUUUAAUACAGUAGUGAUACUGCUAGUUUCAUGAUAGCAUUAAGAAGCAAUAAGGAACUGUGGCAUUUCACCAUUUUAAAAACUCUUGAUUGCAGGCUGGAUCUGUGUGAAAAUGUAGUAAAACCUUUUUAGAGAAAUUUGUAUAGCUUUAAUCAAAAAUUAUUUUCUUCUGUAUAUUUUUAUAUUAUCCACUCUUCCUAUAAUCAAAGAUUUAAGUUUUUGAGGUGUUUUCAUUGAGUAAUAUGUUUGCAUUAUUUCAUAUUAACAGUUGCUUUAAUAAGGUUAUGAUUUUAAAAGUCAUGGUCCAAGAAUUAAUUGAUUGUUCUAAAGUGGCCUUAUGAAGUGCACUCCUGUAACCUGAUUGCUCAGAAUUUUGAAAACUACAGUUACAUCUCAAUCUUUCUAAAGUACGUGUAAAAAGGGUCCACUCGUGCCACAAUGGUAGUCUUCCUACAUCUGGACUGGAAGGCCUGAGUUCAAGUCCCACUUGCUCCAGAGGUAUUUAAUAACAUCUUUGAACAGGUUGAUUAGAAAAAUAGGUUAAAUCAGCAAGGAAAAUAUGCCAGUCUUCCAAUCUAGAAUUGAAAAUUUUACAAUUAGCCAGCAAUUCACAGACUUUCCUCAUCAAACAGCAACUGAACAUGGAUUGACCUCAGUCUCUUUAACCAACUUCCAAUUGGAUGCACUCGAGUCAUGGCUUUAAAAGAGCAGAUUCAAUUCAAUACUUUGGUGUCAUUAAACACUAACCCUCUAGAGCUUGCAAAGUUAUUUGAAUGCAUCUAAUUUGCCUAUGGCCAGUAGGUGCUUGAACCACAAGCAGGUAUAUUUACUGCAAGCACCUGCUCCAUGUUCUGUGAAAAUCCCACAGGGGGAUAGGGGUGUUCCAUAGUCACCUUCUCCAGUCUAAAUGUUUCCCUGACCUCUACAGCAAUAGGCCAAAUCCAUGUUUAAAAAAUACUUAUAAUUCUUUAGGGUAUCCAGGCUCCCUGCAGCUGGACUUUCCAACCAUCCCACUCGAGUUCCUCCCAUCCACAAGUUUGCAUGCCAUCCCACUCAUCUUCCAUUUUUAAACUAGCUGAUCCAAGAAAGUGAAACAACAGAAGAGUGAAUUACCACCCCAUGGCCACCCCCUCUGAUGUCUGAAGCCUUUAGCAGUGAGGUAGUUUUCACCCCUUACCAAGCCAAACACAAUCCAAGAAUAGACAGGGAACUGGCACCAACAGGUCAUUUUGUUUUCCAGUGAUUAUUCAAUAGCAAUUGCUGCACGAACACUUGAGGAAAUAUGAGGCCAAUUUGUGCAUUUAUUUCUCAGGUUUAUCUUUAUUAACUACUGGUAACUUUUGCAGUUGAAUGGAUACAGUUUUCUUUGGAGAUGAUUUAUUGUUAAUUUCAUUUGUUCCAUUUUUUACUCGUUUCUUUCCCUCUGCAAAUCAUUCUAAGAUAGUUUGAGUUGGCAAAAUGCUUCGUGUGUUUCACGUCAGUAGAAGGUUUAGAAAUAGGAAUUUGAAAAUGAGGAUGCCUGAAGCCAAUUAAUUUCAAAUUGCAUUUAGGUUAAGGUAUGUAGACUUAAUGACCUUUUAAAAUGGGAUAAUAUGCAGACAUAUUUUUGAUUAUUUUCAAAUAAGAUUAUGUGCGACAUUUAAACACAAAUAAUCUCCAUUUGUCAAAUGAAAUAAAAUAAGUUAACAAAACAACUGGAAAAGAGCUUGCAUCACUGGCUCUCUGCAUAUCCAAACAUACCCUCCGUCAAGUUCAGGAUAUUUUUUGAGUUUUAUUAUUGUGAAUUGUGAACAAAGGUGAAUUCUUUACACAAUUGUUAACUUUGUUUCUUCUCUUAAAAUAGUGUUCCAAAUGACUGGCCAACAGGAUGUACUGGGCUCUUGCUUACUAAAACAAAAAUUCUUUACACUCUUAACAGUUCAGAUUAUGUGGGGAGAUUUGAAAACAUGAGUGAUAAUUGUGAAUGAACAAUGUUGGAAAGUGUACAUAUUUUUAAUGCAUACUGACCUGUGUGCCGUUUUAAUAAAUUUUCCACUUAGCAGUGAAGUUCCUAUUUAAAGGUAACAUUAAUACCAGCAUUGUAAUAUUAGAUAACGAUUGGCUUCCUAUUUGAAAAAUGAAUGGCUCUUUUGGAAAAUUAAACAGAAAUCUGAUGUUGUAAAAGGCCAGUGGACUCAUUUUGAAACCAUCCAGUGUAGAUGGAAAAAAAAGUGUCUGAAGCAACAACAGGUUCAAAUGUGUUAUUGAGGCCGUUUAGCCUGUUACCAACAUUUGUGUAUGCUCAUGUUAUAUUGUGCAAUGGCUGCAGGGAAUUAGUUUUAUUUGUGGCACAGGACAAGUGAUAAUGAAAAAGCCUUGUGUCAACACAACAAGCACAGCUUAAAUCACUUAUUCUCUAGAAUGAAACUUCAGAGAAUUAGCACCUUUUGCCACAUAGUGUAGAUUUAUGUGCCGUCAAAGUAAACUGAAGUGUUUGGAUGGAGAGAACAACCAAAUUAGAUGAAAAGAUGGAAAAUGUUUUGUAAUUUACUGACAGUAUAAUGAUUACCUUUCAAACAAUGCAAACUAAUAGUCACUUUAGGAUUGUUUAAUUGGUUCAGUUCCCUUAAAAAUACGUAAUGUUGAUUCAUAUGUGAUCUACAUCCAUUUAGAUUGUGAUUAUUGAAUGCACUGUAACAUCUGAUUGUACAUGAGUGCAACUCUGGGAAAUUAUAUACUGUACCAGAGGCAACAACAAGUUUGUCUUUCUGCCUGAAUGUGCUUUGGAAGAACAGUAUCCAGAAUCAAAGGUGAAGUCUGGAUAUUAGAUGAAAUGCAGACUAGACAAGGUGUUGGUUUGUAGCAAUACUCAAUGAUAAUAAUUAUACCUUUUGUCCCUACAAAAUAGUUGCUGUCUGAGGGAUAUUAUUCACCAUUUAAAAGUUGCUGCUCCCUGUGGUGGGAAGAGCAGUUCAUAGUUUAAAUGGGGAACAAAAAGCUGUAUUGUUCUUUAGAAGUUCACUAUUAAAUGCAAUUGCGAGAUUAUUCUAUUUAAUUGUGCAGUAAGAUAUGUGACAAAUAUAGAAAAUAAAAGAAAACAUUAGGUCUGGAAGUUAAUCUUCCUGUAAUUAUUUUCUAUACAAAGCUACCCGUGAUAAUCAAUGUGUAUAAUGGGUAGAUAUGAUAAUUGUUAUGAUUGUGUGAACAAAUGGAAUGUUAUCUGUUUUACUAUCCAUCUGGAACAUUGAAUAUAACAAGCCUGAUACUGUUGAUAAAAUUAUAUUUUUUUUA